AUGGCGUCGUCUGUCACUGGCGGGAAUCGUGUGAUUGUGAUAGGAGGUGGGCUGGCAGGCGUGUGCGCGGCCCACAGCGUGCUGGAGCACGGCGGCUCCGUCUUGCUCGUUGACAAAUCCGCAUUCUUGGGCGGCAACAGUACCAAGGCCUCCAGCGGCAUCACAGGCACCCCGACGCAGGCGCAGGUUGAGGCCGGCGUUCUCGACGGUGUAUCACAGUUCAUUCGAGACACCAACAAGAGCUUUCACGGCGGCAAUGAGAACGGACCCGUGUCGCCGCUCGUGGAGGAGCUCUCAAGGUUGUCGGGGCCGAGCAUCGACUGGCUGUCGAACCGAUUCAAGGUGGACCUGUCGCAGCUGGGGCUGCUCGGCGGUCACAGCGGGCCGCGUGUGCACCGCGGCAAGGAGCGAUUCCCCGGUAUGGCCAUCACAUGCGCACUCAUUGAUGAGCUGGAACGACUGCAGAAGGAGAAUCCGUGCCUGGUGCAGAUUGUAACCAAAACAAAGGUGGUACGGCUCAUUCGCGAGCCAGUCGAGGCGGGGCCAGUCUCUGGUGUCGUGCUGGAGAACCGCAAGGGCGAGCAACGGGUCGAGCGCGGCGUAGUUAUCAUUGCCAGCGGUGGCUACGCUGCUGAUUUUGGCAGCGAACACUCCCUACUUGCCCGCUUCAAACCUGAGCUGCUGAAGUUUGCGACGACGAACGCGGAGCACGCGACGGGUGACGGCAUCAAAAUGGCGGAGCGGGUUGGUGCGCAGCUGGUCGACAUGGAGCUCGUGCAGGUUCACCCUACUGGACUUGUUGACACGAAGGAUCCUAACAGCCCCGUGAAGUUCCUUUGUGCGGAGGCACUGCGUGGAACCGGCGCACUCAUCAUAAACGCCAAAGGAAGACGUUUUGUGAAUGAGCUUGGCCGCCGUGAUGAGGUGAGCUCUGCUAUGCUCCAGAAUGAGGCGCCGCCGUUUCGACUGCUGCUGAGUGAGGCAUGCGCCAAGGAAAUGCCGUGGCACUGCAAGCACUACACUGGCCGCGGCUUGAUGAAGCACUACAAGAGUGGAACAGAGUUAGCGAAGGAGAUGAAUAUCGCACCACACGUACUGCAGCAGGAGUUCAACACGUAUCGUGCGGCGGCAAAGACGUACCAAAAAGAACAGCGCCGCCGCCGCCGCUGGAGUGGUAUGUCGUCACCACGUAGGACCGACAGCGCCAAGACAAACAUUCCCGGGGCGUUUGGAAAGACGAUUUUUCGUAAUGCGGACUCUUUCCACAUUAAUGCACCACUCUACGCUGCAUGCAUUACACCUGUUGUGCACUACACGAUGGGCGGCCUCGCCGUCAACACCAAGGCUGAGGUGCUUGACAGCCAAACGAAGCAGCCGAUCGCAGGGCUUUACUGUGCCGGUGAAGCCGCGGGUGGUGUCCACGGCAAAAACCGUCUUGGUGGGAACUCACUCCUCGACUGCGUCGUAUUUGGGCGAGUUGCAGGAACUGAGGCGGCGCGGUACCUGCUCUCCACCUUCCUUGGACCAACCUCGGGUCGUCGCCUUGACACCAUUUACUCCCAUCUGACGCUGGAUCAACUGCCGCCGCUGAGGUCGGUGCCAAAGGCUGCUGCUCAGCCUCCUAAUAUUGCCGUUGCUACCGGCGCCACUCCCGCUGCUACCAGUACAGCUGCUGCUGGUGCGAAUUCUGCAAUUUCUGCAGCAUCCACGCCGUCGAGUGGAACGCAAAAGGUCGCUGGUGGUAAUGGUAGCCGCAAGUACACCAUUGCAGCUGUGGCGCAACACAACAAACCAGAUGACUGCUGGUGCAUCAUUGGCGGACAGGUACUCGACCUUACCACCUUCCUGUCCGAGCAUCCUGGCGGGAGACAGUCCAUCCUGAUGUACGCCGGCAAGGACGCCACGGAGGUGUUCGACUUGGUGCACAAGCGAGAACUCAUUGACAAGUACACCCCAGAGGCGGUGAUUGGCGAGGUUUCCAAUUAA